AUGUCAACCAAAGUCAAUAAAGUAUCGCCAAAAAAUAAGAAAGAGGACCAGAAACUGGGAAAACUUUACGAAGGGUCUCAGAAUGGAACUGUGCCCCAGGUGAAGAGCCAAAGUGCCGAUGCGCAAGCGAAUUUCAUUCCCACCACCAAGCCGCGUGAGGAUCAAGAUGCUGCUGCCGAUCAGCCAGUUCAAGCGCAGUCCAAGCCUCCAUAUGACGGGCAGGAAGAGAAAACGGACCAGCCAAGCUCGUCUCGGAAAGAGCCAGUGGACAUCUCAAUGUCGGAUACCGAUUCUCAGCAUGGAUCAGAAACCUCCGGUGGAAACCGAUCGACCUCGACAGAAGACACUGAUGACGAUGCCGAAGAUGUGAUUCUCGCGGAUUUCCAGACACUGUCAGUUGGCGGAGGCCAGACUAGAAAGGUGGACGGCUUCGGCGGUAGAGGCAGAUCUCGGUUUUUCAUCUUCCAAAUCGGAUCACGCCGAGCACCAAAAUAUAUAUUUGAAAGAACCAACGGGUACUCAACUGAGGGUUUAAUCAAUCUCUCUACCUACAAAUAUCGAAUCUCACAGAUCAAAUAUCUGGACUUAGUUCUGGACGCUGUUUUAUUUCCCGCCCCGGCAUCUCAAGAAGAUCAGAUAUGCUUUUCUCGUGAUCAAUAUAGGCCAUGA